CACAUGAAAGACGCCUCUCCAGCGUGCACGCGCCUUUGCGGAUAGGCUGCUCUUCUUCCCCGCUGAGACCCGAGUCACGAGGACGGGACGCCAGCAAGCAGGGUGCGCCCCCACGACCACGAGGCCACGACUUCGCUAGCCUCUCCCAGUCUCCCCCCACUUCCCUCUCUUCUCCGCCAUGGCCAUCUCUCCGUGGCGGUGCAUGUGUGGGGCCCAGCACUCCCUAAGCAAGGACCGUGGCGCGCCAGCCCCUUCUGCUCCAUUUGGCAGGAGAUCCAAAUACUCGGGACAAUCUGUGAGAGCAAUGCCUAUGCGUUUGUUAACGGUUGGAAAGAAGAGGUCUCGAGGGACACAGCUUCUUGUUGAAGAAUACACGGAGAAGCUUGGGUACUACUGCGAUUUUGAGGACACCCUUAUCAGGUCCAAUCCAAAACUUACAAGUGAUGUUAAGGUUCAAGUUGAAGCAGAAGACACAGCUAUGAUGCAGCAACUCAAACCUGACGAUUUUGUUGUUGUGUUGGAUGAAAACGGGAAGGAUGUCAUAUCUGAGCAGAUUGCUGAUCUGAUUGGGGAUGCUGGCAACACAGGAUCAUCAAGGCUCGCAUUUUGUAUUGGCGGACCAUAUGGUCUUGGGUUACAAGUGAGAAAGCGUGCAGAUGCAACCAUUAGGCUGUCCUCAUUGGUUUUGAAUCACCAGGUUGCUUUAGUAGUUUUAAUGGAGCAGCUCUAUAGGGCGUGGACUAUAAUUAAAGGACAGAAGUAUCACCAUUAGGCUGUUAUCAUCGUCAUCCACCGCUGUUUCAGCAUAUUAAGAUUUGGAAAAUGGAAGACCGCACAUGCAUAAAUUUGCAGUGUUGCAUGGACAGCGUGACAAGAUGAAAAUUUGCUGGGUGUUUUACUGGUUGAUACAUGGUUCAAGUUGUAAGGAAGAAAGGCCUCAUGCUACCUUACCAAGGAACAUAUAUGCUAUCUGUAAGUGGAGUUCUGCAACAAAGAAUGGUGCGCAUGAACAUUUUGCGAAGAGAAUAGCAGGCAAAAAACUGAGGUCAAACAUGUCAUAGGAAUUAGUCCCUCUUCUAUUGUGAACAUCCUCCAAGUAGCACAGGAUGUAAAUAGAAAUGAACGUAGGACUAGAGAUUUUUUAUCAAUUUAUGGUGUUAUACUUCAAAGCAGGGGAACAAACAUAGAGAAAAUCCUUUUUAUUGGUGUUAAAUGCAUGUCUGCUACGGUGAAAUAUUAAUUGUAUUUUCUAAAACUCAUGUAUCUAUAUUUCUACUACUAUAUUUGUAUUACGCUUAAUAGAUUAUCAAUAGAAUUUUGACUUAACAUA